AUGUCGAAUGCUUUAACAGCAGUCAUCCUCUCCCCACGACGAAAUCGGAAAUUGCUCGAUAUCAGCGACGAGACAAGCCCACCCUCAAAGACACGACUCGGUGCCCGGGAUCUCUUCAGGUCGCUCACGAUUGAAGCUGCCGAUAUUUGGGAGCUACACCCGACUCUAUACCUUGAAUUGCUACCGCAGUUCCCUCGCGAGCUGGACUUUGACGCGAUCCCGCGCUCCGACGGAAUUGUCUGCGGCAGACUUGGUUGCGAAGGACACAGGAACCCCGACGAAUCUCUCGGCGCAACAGCCGUGGGAACGUCGCUGCCUCUGCAAUCUGCACGAGGAAGACGAGCUCGCAGGGUGGAUCAAGCACUGCCCCGCAGCAACGUUUCCUGA